GAUACAGCAACAUCGUCCGUUUCUGUGAAGUUUUUUGUGUGGGCAGAGGAGGGCCCUAAAAGAAGUUGCUGGACUUUGGGGGAACCUCAAUUCCAGGACUCACUCUUUUGCAUUUUGGACUUAUAGAUCUAAAAGAGUAACAAAGCCCCAAGUAAAUGAAAUAAAGGAUCUUGCAGUGUGACCAAUGAUCUGGAGGACGGCAGAGGGAAUCUACAGCAGAUUAUGUACAGUUAUAAGUGAGGAGGUGGUGUUGGGGCUGCAGUUUGGGAUCAUUCCUGGAAUAUUUGGGUCCUAGGAAAGUACUUCUUAUUUUGCACAAUAUUAACUGGAAAUAAAAAGUCUUAAGAAAUACUGAAAAAGAAAGCAGAAGUGGAGACCCAGGGAGCAGUUGUAUGUGACACGGAGGAGGCAGAACAACACUGAGAAGGAACCAGUCAACUGGGCAGAAAGACAUUCCAAUCCAUUGGCACAAGAUGGACAGAGGAAAAAGUCCUUUUAAUAGUGAAGCAUAUGAAAAUAUACCAGUUGAGCCUACAAUGAAGCAGAUGAAGAUUCAGAAAGAAUCAAAAGAAAGAAGGAGAAGACAAAAGAGACUCCUGAUGGUUCUGGUGACCCUCCUGGUUCUUGUCUUCAUUUUUCUGAUAGUCCUGACCAGCCUCGUGUUUAUCUACUACUCACAUAUAUCAAAGGCUAUAGACAAUAUAAAGCAGGACAUCUUACAGACAAGACAAAAAGGGAGACCUCAGUGUGAUACUGACUGGAUAGCGUUUGAUGGAAGCUGUUAUUAUAUUGUUACAACUGAGAAGAACUGGGAGGAUGCUCAGGCCACUUGUAAAGCAAUGAACAGUGAUCUGGUUAUUAUCAACAGUGAGAAGGAACAGAACUUUCUUGCAAGUGUUACUAAGCAGACACAAUUUUGGAUCGGUCUCAAAAAGAAUAAGGAUGGAUGGAAAUGGGUUGAUGGAACUCUCCUUAAUCCACCAGAUGGAUUCUGGAUGAAGGGGGAGCCAAAUAAUGAAUAUGGAAAUGAAGACUGUGUUCACAUGUGGAUAGACAAAAAGUGGAAUGAUAAAGUUUGCACCUUUCUACAGAAAGCAUUCUGUGAGAAAUAAUGACAUGUUGUGUAUAGUUGUAGACAAGGACGUCAGCACUAUGUCCAGAAGAUCUCAAUAACAAAGAUGGACAUAGUCUAUGAGCAUUGAAAAAAACAGACUCCAAACACAAUACUUUCCCAUCUAGACAACAACAUGUAAAAAAAAAAAUAAAGUUUAUGGAAAAUACGGUAUCGGCUCAGCCUUACGCAUUUUGUGUUUCACUUAGCACUUACCUGGGCCUUUGAGCACAGCUAUGUGUGUUCCUAAAAUAAUUGCUGCCACCAACAUUGAGAUCUGUGUCUACUUUUCAAUAAAAUUUUGCAAUGAGUGUCUCUAAUCAAUGUUGAGUGAUGUUGUCAACAGAUAUCUCGCUUUCUGGGGUGGGAAGCUUUAUCGUGCAUUAUCAAUCUAAGACCCUAAAAUAGGUGACCAUGGUUUUUAGGAUGGGCCACCAUGAUUCCUUUUAAUGCAGCAUCAUAUCUUAUUACAAAUGCAAAAGUAGAGAUAAGGGAUGAACCGAAUCCAGGUUUCAUUUUAAAGUUCGGCUCAAUACAAGCAAUUUUGGCAAAUUUCUAUUCAACAGAAGCAUAUUCAAACUCUUAAAAUCGUGUGACUAUAAUGCUCUGGACAAUUGAAUGUGAAAUGUUUGUGAAUUCAAUCAAUAAAAUAUUCAAAUCUG